GGCGGCUUGUUUUGUUUUUGUGCUGAUCUUGUUCUCUCGUGUGUUAGUGACUCGCAUUUUUUGUUCUUGGCGAUCUCUCAGGAAUCGAGCGUCUUUUUCCAGGGAAUCGACGCGAUAGGGAUCGGAUUCCCACGCGCACAAGCCGCGGCGGGGUUUGGGAUCUAGAGGCGUGUGAUUUGGCCGCGGGAUUUUGGAGCGAGGGUUUCGUAGGUGGAAUCCCUCGGAUCGAGGGAGCGCAAUGGAGCGGCCGCAGCAGCGGCAGCAUCAGCAGCACCAGGCGGCCAGGCAUUGUCGGCCUAGCGGCAAGGAGUGCAGUAUGUGCGGCGAUGUUGGAUUCCAGAAGGAGCUCUUCCGCUGUUCGUCGUGCCGGCAGCGCUACCAGCACAGGUACUGCAGUAGCUUGUACCCCAAGUUGCCGCCGGAUUCCAGCCAGAUGAUGUGCGACUGGUGUGUAUCGAAGCAGCCGAGGAGAGAUAGAGAUGGGCACCAGCAGGAACAGGCGGUUGAUGGAUUCAAGGCGCCCGGCAGUGUGACCGCCACACGGUCGAGCGUCCAGAGCCCGCUGGAUUGCCUACUGCAGGCCGCGGAGAACCUAGAGAAGUUUAGUGUGAAGAAGCAGGCCAGGAAGGAAGGAUCGCCGUGUAGCGAGGCAAAUGUAGUGAUUCCCCCAGGUAGAGAGAUCAAGCCCAAGCCGCUGGUCCACAAGAGGAAGAGGUGCUCAGAUCUGGACAUGUCCAAGCAGGAUCAUCACCAGGAACAGCAGGAGCUUCUCAAGAGCCAUCACCACCACAAGCUAAAAUCGCCCACUUGCAACGCAGCUACCCCAGGUCACUCGAAGCCACCGAUGAGCCCGGGUUAUAGCCACGGUUUCCAGUUCUCUCCAUCCAAAGCCGGUGUUGGGAGACGGUACAGGCUCUUGUCGGAGAUCGACCGGGGUUGACCGCUUGAUCGAAUCGGUGAUCCGCUCAGCAGCUAACUUGGAUCCAUGAUUCAUCCUUCCGUGGCGGUGUCGCUACCAGGUUUGGUGAUUUCCUGGAGACUUUGUGGUGACAAAACAGGCUUUCCUGGGCUACUCCAAGUCUACUAGGCAGAUAGCAGCUUUGGGGUGAUGAUGCUGGAAAAAUUUUGGGUAACCUGGGGAGGGGCUGGAAGAACUUCUCAGUGGAAUACACACAGCUUUGGUUUUGGGCUUUGUUUAGUCGGUGCUAGCUAGCGUAGGACAACGAGGAACGGUCGAUGUGGACUCUAAUCUAACGGGGAGUGGUAGUCUGUUCCUUGUCUGACUGGCUGUUCAUCACAUCUUUGUAAAUUCGAUGCUAACUUUCCUCCUUAUAAACAAGUGAUGUAAAUGUUCCAUAAAGAAUAUGAGGAGCGAACACAAAUAAUUCUGCUAGAUCUGGGUA